CCUUCGUUUUCGUGACGUCUCAUCACUUUGUCACUCACGGGGCGCGAAGCAGCCAUUAACACACUGCCUUACGAGCUCCAAAGGCCUGGUCUGUAAAUGAUUCUCCUUUCGUCUACUCUGCUUCGCACCCUCCACCUUCCCUCCUCCUCCGCCACUCAAAUGGCGCGUUACAUUCCUCGCGCCACUCUCCUGUCCAUCACCCCCAUUCCCAUUCGGCACACCGCCGCGUCAUUUCCUGCUCCCCCGCAUUCAAUCUUCCCUCUCAAAACGCAGCGUUUCUACUCCUCAAAGUCUUCACUUUUCGGUUGGAGAUUUCACUCUUUGUGCGGAGACGAAUGGAGAGGAGCUGCGAGGCCACCGUUGUUAAGCGGGCCAAUCUACAGUUCGCAGAGAGAGUACCGAAAGAUGAGGCGGAGGGCCACAAAAACCAAGGAGAAGGAGAAGAAGGAGAUAGAGCUCGAUGUCAGCAUUUGCAUUGAGGAAGAUUUGCCUGACGAUCCUGAAGUCCUGUGGAGUUUGAAAUUUGCAGAGUAUUGCGGAAUUGCUUCGUCUCAACGUUCCAUUGGCGAUGAAGCUAGCUUUUGAUGGUUUGAAUGGUUCAGUGUACAAAA